ACGUUUUAAAAACACGCGCAGAACUGAACCGCACUAUAUAAAUCCCGUUUUCUUCUCUCCGGAACUCUCUCCUCCUCUCUCAAACGAGACCAAACCCUAACCCUAACGAAUCUCAAUCGUCGAGAUCUGAUUUCCGGCUAUCCACAAAAGAGGAAGAAUGCUAGAGCUGAGGCUAGUACAGGGUUCUCUGUUGAAGAAGGUGCUAGAGGCGAUCAAGGACUUGGUUAACGAUGCCAACUUUGACUGCUCGGCCACUGGGUUCUCGCUGCAGGCUAUGGAUUCCAGCCACGUUGCGCUGGUGGCGCUGCUGCUUCGAUCCGAGGGGUUUGAGCACUACAGGUGCGAUAGGAACAUCUCCAUGGGAAUGAACCUUAACAACAUGUCUAAGAUGCUCAAGUGUGCUGGAAAUGAUGACAUCAUCACCAUCAAGGCUGAUGACGGGAGUGAUACUGUCACCUUUAUGUUUGAGAGCCCAACACAAGACAAGAUCGCAGAUUUUGAAAUGAAACUGAUGGACAUCGAUAGUGAGCACCUUGGAAUUCCCGAGGCAGAGUAUCAUGCCAUAGUUAGGAUGCCUUCAUCUGAAUUUGCAAGGAUUUGUAAAGACCUUAGCAGUAUUGGUGAUACAGUUGUUAUCUCUGUGACAAAAGAAGGUGUUAAAUUUUCUACAAGAGGUGAUAUUGGAACUGCGAACAUUGUCCUUCGGCAGAAUACCACUGUAGAUAAACCUGAAGAGGCUACAAUUAUUGAGAUGAACGAACCCGUGUCUUUGACAUUUGCACUGAGGUACAUGAACUCCUUCACAAAGGCAACUCCAUUGUCGAACACAGUAACUAUCAGCUUGUCUUCCGACCUGCCAGUUGUGGUUGAGUACAAGGUUGCGGAGAUGGGUUAUAUUAGAUUCUACUUGGCUCCCAAGAUUGAAGAGGAGGAAGGUGAAGCGAGCUAGGUGUGACUCUGGUCUGUAGGCUUAAUGAACUUCACUGAGAUCAUUCUUAUGUUGAUGUGCUGAAUUUGUGAAGAAUGUGUUCUAAAUUGACUCUCAGUCUUGGAUGUAGUAGCAUUUGGAUGUUAUAGGGAUUACAAAGGCUUGUAUUCAUGUGCAUUAUUUUGUUAAAUGUUCUUUGAAGAGGAAUGCACUACUUUGUUUUCC